UAUAUGUGUAGGGAAGCGCCAAAAGCAUUUAUUGAACUAGAGAAUUAUGAGUUGCCUUUUUCUCGAACAGAGGAGGGAAAAAUAUAUCAGCGUACAUUUGGUGGCCAAAGCUUAAACUUUGGAAAAGGUGGUCAAGCUUACCGUUGUGCAUGUGCUGCUGAUCGAACUGGACAUGCUUUAUUGCACACUCUCUAUGGCCAGGCUAUGAGACACAAUACACAGUUUUUUGUGGAAUAUUUUGCCUUGGAUCUUAUAAUGAAUAGUGAUGGUACUUUCCAAGGAGUGAUUGCCUUAAAUAUGGAGGAUGGGACACUACAUCGUUUCCAAGCUGCUUCAACAAUUUUGGCCACAGGGGGUUAUGGUAGGGCAUACUUCUCAGCAACCUCAGCACAUACAUGCACUGGAGAUGGCAAUGCUAUGGCUGCACGUGCUGGAGUUGCACACUGACACCACUAUAUGAAU